AUGGACGACGCGGACACAGAAUCAUACAGAAGCGCAGACGUUGCCACAUUGCCUGACUCACAGGCCUCUCUUGACUCUGACAGAAUGGAUGAUACCAGUGACCUCACUCAAUUAUACGCCUCGCAUCCGGUAUCUACAGAGCAAUCAGGGAUAUCAGAGACAGCAGAGGUUGCUUCGGCGCAGCGCAGCGCAGCGCAGAGCGGUCCGAUCUGGCGUCGGCCCCUUUCGGCAGCCAUUACUCAACAAUCCUUCGUUGAUUUCCUGCGUAUCACGGAGGUGCCGUUAUGGGCGGUCGUUGACUUUGGGACGUACCAUUACUUCCAGCAAUACACAUCUGCUGGAGCAGACAGGGCAUCAGAGCUUGCGCAAUUGCUGUCUGAAAUCCGGGGAUAUGACAUUUCGGCUACGAUUGAGUUCUUUCUACUCUUUCUUGAAGGGGUUCAUCUGGAAACAUUCUAUGAAGAUCUGUGCUUGCAGAUUUACUGGUCUCUUCGUAGAGGAUCACACGGACAAGGUCUCCUGGAAUCAUUCCUUUAUACCACCACGGGUAGUCAUAUUGACUCCACAUGUGAUUCGGAAGUACGACCAGCAUGCGCUUCGGCCACAACACAGACGAUCAUUGAUGUUCUGGAUUCGCCAAUCUCCAUCGCGGGAGGGAAUGCAGGCACGCUUUCGCAGCUUUCGAUGGAAUGCCACACAGAUUUUUCCUCAACUAUUGAAGAUUGCACAUCCAGUAUGCCGGAAGAUGAAGCCGACGAUUUAUCAGCGGAGACUGCAGUAUCGCAGCUCGUGCAUGGAGUGGCGCUUCGAUCUGAUAUCUUGCAUUUCUUGCAAAGGCGACCUUCAGAAACACUCGACGAUGGACAGCUGGCUCUGUAUUUGCAGUUUCGGGGUAUCUCCUUCGACUUCGUUAUGGAUUGGGGCACUUUCUUUUACCUCCGGCAAUAUGAUUACGAAGGCGAUGCCCAGUGCAGGGAGAUCAUGCAACAUUUGCACUCUGAACUUGGGUCCAGAGAUACCUUUGCAGCGCUGCGCUUUUUCAGGUACAUGCUUGAGGGAUCCUAUAGGGAAAAAUUUUACAUGGAACUGUACAAACAUGUUAUCUUGCGCAUACAGUCAAAUCCUCGGCCACAGUUCUUUGCAGAUGCACUGCGAGUUGGAUCAGGGUUAUCAGCAGCAUCGGACAUUGAAGAUGCAGAAGGCCCCACAACCAUGCAUGGCACAACAGGGCAGUGA